AAAUCGUCUAAGUAUGGCUGCAUACACGGGUUCAGAUCCGUUCGCUUGGCCUUUCAAAGAAAUCCAGCCGGAGAAUUACCACGUCGACACGAUGAGCAAUUACUUCGACCAAAAGGAGGACUCCACCGUCUACAACGACGAAGAAAACUCCUCCAACUUCUUCGAAGAUUUGCUGAGGAAACUCAAGGAAGAGAAACCCACCAGCACGGUCGCCCCCACGCAGACCGCCGUCACCGAAAUGGCCUCCGAGAUGGCCGCCUCCGGCUCCCUCGAGAGCAUCUACAAGGCCAACCAGGAGGAUUUCCUGGCCGACGGCGGACAGGGCAGGACGUCCUUGGUGCCGAGGAAUUUCUUCCCGAGCGUCACCAGCGUGUUCAAAACCGAUCCCGAGACCACCGAGUCCCUGUUCAUCAGCAACCUAUCGUCGGAGGUCACCGACAAGCCUUUCCUCUACUCGGACAAGAUCGUCGACAGCAUCCUGAACGACACGAAGGGCGUCCAUACGCUGUACACCACCUGCACCAAUAGGACAGCGACCGCGAGCUCGAGAACCACCACGCUGGCGUCGCUGUUCAAUCUCGGAUCCGAAGAGAAAAAGGCCGGCUACUCAGCGGAGUCGGCGAUUAGUUGCGAGGUGAAACCGCCGGAUACUCCGUUGAUAUUCAACAAAUUCAAAAACAACUACUUUGACUUCACCACGUUGGUCGAAGAGAAGAAAUUCAAUCACUCGUUCGUUAACGAUGCUACUACGAUGGUCGUAACGGAAACCACGACGGAUUCGUUUAGGCUAGACAAUAUGAACGAUAUGAACAAUAUGAACAAUACGAACGAUACCUUCGAGAUGGAUAGGAUGAACAACUCCUUUGGGCUAAACGAAAUGCCGAUUUUGAAAAAUAAAUUCCAGAUGAGCUUCGAUGAAAUCACUACUCCGUACAACGACAAUGGAUACGAAAACGAAGGGUUCACUUCUACCAUAAUCAGUAGUUCCACGGAGGCGGUGAUUAAUACGACAAGCGAGCACAAGAGGGUUUUUGUGCACGCCAUGGAAGAAUCGGAGGUUAAUAAUUGUUACUUUUACAUAAUUCUAAUAGUUGUUAUAUUGAUUUUGUUAUCGGUCAUAGCUGGAGUGUUUUUGUUUUAUAAGAAAAUUAAAGGAGCUAAAGGUUCGGGAUACCAGGUGUCUCAAAUGAGGGACUACACUAAUGCUAAAAACGCGAAUGAAACUGAUAACGAUAUGGUUAAUAUUUAAAUUAUUAAAAUUAUACAUAUAUGCCAAAGCUUACAAUAUUAAAAGAAAUUAUAUGUAUACUACUACUAUUAAGGAAUUCUGCAUGCUGCAUUAUGGUUGUGUUAUUGUAUAAUUUUUGUUGCUCG